AUGCAGCGAGUCCUCGUCAACCCGGUCAUCCCCGGCUUUGCCCCUGACCCUUCACUCGUCUAUGUGGACGGCACCUGCUUCCUCGUCAACUCGAGCUUCCACGUCUUCCCUGGCCUGCCAGUGUAUGCCUCGAAGAACCUAAGGGAGUGGAAACAAAUCGGCAACGCGAUCAACAGGCCCGGACAGCUGAAACUGCAGCAGUCCUACACCAAGAUCGUAGGCGAAGGCGAAGACAUUGUGUGCGCACAGGGCGGCCUCUACGCCCCCACGAUUCGGUACAACAAGGGCACGUUCUACAUCGUCUGCACCAACUGCGUACACACGUCGUCCCAGCCGCCCACGAAGAACGAGGUACAGAACUUCAUCCUCUCCACGACCGAAAUCUGGGCCGACGAAUGGAGCGACCCGGUCUUUUACGACUUCUUCGCCAUUGACACCAGUUUGUUCUGGGACGACGAUGGCCGGGUCUACGUGAUCGGCGCCGCCGACCAGUCUCCCGAGACCAAGAUCCGCCAGUUCGAGAUCGACCUCGCCACGGGCAACAGGCUCUCCAAGGACAGGAUCAUCUGGGAGGGCGUUACGAGGGUGUACCCCGAGGGCCCACACAUGUACAAAAAAGACGGCUGGUACUACCUCCUCAUCGCCGAGGGCGGCUGCUUCGCCGACCAUCACACCAUCAUGGCCCGAUCGAGAAGCAUCUGGGGGCCGUACGAGGUCAAUCCGGCUAACCCCGUGCUGGGUAAGACGGAUCCAAGCGGCUACAUCCAGUACACGGGCCACGGAGAGCUGUUUCAAGAACCCUCGGGGCAGUGGUACUUUGUGUGCCUGGGCGUGAGGAAGAUCAACGGCCGCUUCAUCAUGGGACGCGAGUCCGUCCUUACCACGGCCACCUGGCCUCACGGCGGUUUCCCGGUCAUCGACAAGGCGCAGUUGGAUGUGCCGCUCGCCCUCGGCGGCCAGGCUGCAUGCUCGGAAUGGCCCUCCCGCAGAAGGGUCGGGCGUCCUGAGGUUGGCUUCGUCCACAUUCGAGACCCUGUCGAGGGCAGCUACGACUACGACUAUGACGGAACAGGCGACAUCGCCCUGACGCCUGGCAAGUCGGACCUCUCCCAGUACGAAGAGCCAGUCACGUUUGUGGGCAGACGCCAGAGACAUUUGGACGGAUCGGCAUCGGCAAUAUUGAGAUUCGGGGCCGCCACCGCGGCACAGGACAAGGCCAUCAAAGGCUCCCGGCUGAAGACUGGGCUAUGUUACUACAAGGACGAGCACCGCUUCGUCCGCAUCUACCUGAAUGUCGAAUCCGAGGAGAUCGUCUUCCAGCUCAUCAACAAAGCGAAGUCCAUCGAGAGGAACGUUGCGCGGAAGGUUGAGGCGCUGGGGGACGCCACGGGCGUCACCUUCGGCGUGGAUUACACGGAGCUGGAUCUGGGGUUCUGGUUCUCCGUUAAUGUGGGCGGCAAUCUCGGGAAGCAGGAGAUGGCAAAGAUAGACACACUGGACAUGACAGGCCACGACUUUUGUGGUCCCAUCAUCGGCAUCUUCGCCGUUGGCGAUGAGGACACCAAGGUAUAUUACUCGGGCGUCCAUAUGGAGGGCUUUUAG